AUGGCCAUGUUGCCUGUUUGGCAGAUGGUGCCCUUUUGCAGGCACGGAGCGGCGGCAGUCAGGUGCGCCCGAGCCUGCAACUGGACAGACAGUGCCAGUUGUCUGUUGACAGACCCUGCCUUCUUUCGCUUCAAUGACACUUCCGCGUUGCUUUUCUCUGCGCAGCUGGUGAAUAGAUACAUGUGCUUAGCUGAAAGCUUUCCUGGUGUGGGCCUGGCUGGAAGUACUUGCCCGAAGACCGUGGUGAGCCCUGUGCUUGUCUCUCGCAUCAAGCUGUUGGGAUGCACUUGCCCUGUCGAGUUCACCUCAGAUCUGCUCCAAGAUGCUGCGCUCUUCCACUGCCCAGGCCCGUCUAUUGCACGUCAGGCGCCUUGCCCGCCCUUGCCAGUAUUCCAAAGAGACCGAGAAGAGAAACAUCCCGACCCCUGCCCUUCCUGA